CAAUAUAAUAAUAAUGAAGAGGCCUAUGAGAUAAUGCUGUGCGAAAAUAAUAAUAAUAAUGAAUUGUUGAUGGCGAUAAUUACAAUCUAAUCAAACGUUCAAAGCAAAGUCAUCCGGAUGUAAAUGAUUUAAUGUAAAUGGCAUCAGCCAUAAAAUCAAACCAUUUUAAGUAGUAACCGAGUUAUGAUUUUGAGUUAUUAUCGUUCAUUCGAUUUUCGGUGCAUCAAUAAUUGAAAACAUGAUGGAAAACCCCAAAAAAGUGUCCAACAUACUUUAUACGAUCACUAUAUUUUUCAAUCAUUUUGCCUAUGGAAUAUCUUAUUAUGCAAUAGGUCCGGCAUUGACCGAUUUAAGUUACAUUUAUAAUGUAUCAGCAGCAACGUUAAGUUUGUUUCCCACAUUCUUAGCAUUGGGCUACAUGAUUGGAUCGUUGGGUGGAAUCGUUUAUAAAUGGCUCAAUAGGCAAUUAGUUCUGAUCACCUUGGUUGCCACAAUGGCUGUUAUGAUUGCAUUCACACCAUAUUUCGGUUCCAUAGAAUUAUUCUUCGUGGCAACAGCAUUAUUAUCGAUUGGUGGCGGCUGUUGGGAUAGUGCCAUCAAUGUAUGGAUAGUUGAAAUGUGGCCCGAUCAUCAGGCAUCGGUUAUGCAGGCUUUACAAUUUAUGUAUGGAAUUGGUUCGAUAAUUUGUCCAUCAUUGAUGUCACCAUUCGUGAAAGGUAUUACGAAUCAGACUGUGAAUGUUGAAGCAAGACAAACAUCGUUGAUGAAACCAUUCAUGGCGAUCGGUAUAAUACAGAUAAUUGGUCCGAUAAUAUUGUUAUUUUUAUUCAUAAUCAAACAAUAUGAAAGACCGAAAAGUUGUAAAGAAGGAGAUACAUCAUCGAUACCAAUCGCACAUCGAUAUACCAAAUUAAUCUUAGUAUCAUUAUUAUUGAGCAUCUAUACAGCUGCUGAACAAGGAUAUUUUCUAUAUUCACCAACUAUGUUCCAAUAUUGGACACCGGCAAUGACAGCAAGCCAAUCUGCGAUAUUGCUGGCAUGUCUAACAGCCGCAUUUACCGUUGGCCGAUUAUUGACGGCAUUCAUAUUACUGCGAUUAAAACCGGACAUAAUCAUCUGUUAUCAUUUAAUAUUGAUGAUAUUGGCACUCACUUGGUUAUAUUUUGGCCGUGAAUGUCGUACGAUGGUUUAUUCAGCUACCAUUCUGCUUGGAUAUGGUUAUUCAGCAAUGUGGCCAGCCAUUAUUGCAUUUACCGAACGUCAUCUAAAGCUAACAGAUCGUGCAAGUUCAUUAUUAUUUUUUGCCUCACAAUUAAUGACAUUCAUCAUACCAUUCAUGAUUGGUUCACAUUUGACCACGACGCCAUUAGUUUUACUCAUUUAUGAAGCCAUAUCGAUAGCCAUUUGUUUUAUAUUGUUUACCAUUGUUAACUUGUUGAUUCGUUUUGUUCCAUAAUGUCGAUGUUUAUCAACUAGAAUUAAUGAUAAAUCAAUUAAUAUUCCACUUAAAUAAUAAUGAUGAUGAUGAUGGUGAUGAA